AAUGCUACUUUCCUUUGAACCUCCCACACUUUGUCCCCCCCUCUGAUUCGUGUGAAAGCCUAAUGCUUCCUAUCAUCACUCCACCGUCUACAGCCUCCUGUCACAGAUGAACACUCUCCAAGUCCUAUUUUUGGCUCUAAUUCUUGGAUCUGCAG